CAUGUUCAGUUUCAUCCCCUUCCAUGCUAAAUUCCAUGUGCGGUCUGAUGAUUGCUGCAUAGUAUGCAUUUUUUUUUCUUGUUUAUUUAUUUCUCUCUGCGUCAAUCUUGCCGAUGUUCAUUAGAUUCUCCUCUCCAAGUCAAUGUCCGUGCUUCUCUCUCUCCUCUGCUCUUCGCUCUUCAGUUUGGCCAUUAGCCCAUGUUCCACUCUAUUGGAGGUUGGAGCACGCACGAGUUAAUCGCCUACUCUAUGACUGUACACGCCUCACGAAAGUGCAGGGAGAACUGUUCAUCCAUUCAUGUUCGGACCUCGGCUCAGUGGUGGCGGCAAAGCAACAGAGGCUCCCACAGCUGCAGUCACAGGCUCACUCACAGCUGCAGCGCCGAUUUUACACGCGGCUAAGCUAGCAAGGUUUGAGAUGGAGUUAUGCGACUGGGCGGCUCUAAACUAAUGCUUUCCUCCUCAUCACCAUAUGUGUCUGUCCCCUCCUUUCCCAUUUAUUUUUUACCUUUUCAUGGAGCCGAGCGAGGAGGAAGCGGCCAAGUUUUCAAAUCACGGCCGCAUGUGACCGUGACUGUUCGCAGAUAGCUCCAUGCGCAAGGGGUGUCCCGUUCUUGAGCUCGGAGCCAAGGAGGACAGGCAGGUCCACUUGUUGCCUAACCAGCAUCUGUAAAGCAAAGCCCCCUCUCCACCCCAUCACACACUCUGCCCGCUCGGCCUUUUGAUCCCCCCGCCCGUGCUCACCUACGCGGCGGCGGAGGAGAUUAUGUUAAGCUAAUGCCGCGGCCCCUUUCGUCGACUCCUGUCCCGGGUCUCGGCGUUGGCGUUGCUCCUCCCCUCCACUUCCUGUCGGCCUCUUGCGCUUUCCGGCCUCGGAUUCUUUGUCGCGUGCCCCCAUUGCAUCUCGCUGCUGCUUCUUCUUCUUCUUCUUCGCUUUGCAUCUGAGUUGAGCUGGAGCAUCGAUCCGCCUCGUCCUUCCGGACGCGGCUUCGGCUCGAAUCCACCGCCCUUUAGUUUGGUUUCCAAUCAGAGGCAGAGCUUCCAACCGGUUGUACUCGAUUUGGAUUUUGGAGCUGGAGUCUCCCCACAAAGCAAAAGCUUUCCUUUUUCUUCCUUCCCCUUUGCAUUUGACAUGAAGAGAGACGCUACAGUUUGCCUUCUGUUCUGAGCAUGUUGUCCUUGAACAAAAUGCAUUUUCUCAAGUUGUAUUCCAGCAGCAACAGCUCCAGGAAUGGCUCCUUGGAACACCCCACCCGGACGUCCUCCCAGGGCAGCAACAAGGCCGGGCGGACGGCGAGGAUGGCCGAGUCGCCCACCGGCCUCAGCCCCAAGGUCGACCGCCGCACGGCGGUGAGCGCCGAGAGAGAGAAAAGGAGGCCACCGACGACGAAGCUGUCGGAGCUGGAGUCCCAGCUGUCGCAGCUGCAAGACGAGCUCAAGAGGGCCAAGGAGCAGCUCCAUUCCUCCGAGCUCUCCAGGAAGCGGGCCCUGCAGGAGGCCGACGACGCCAAGGCGCAGGCCGCCGCGGCGUCCGCGCAGGCGCGCGACUCCGAGGCGCAGCUCGCCGAGCUCUCGUCGGCCGAGGAGGCCCGCCUCCUGGAGCUGCGUCGCCUGUCUCAGGAGCGCGACCGCUCGUGGCAGUCGGAGCUGGAGGCCAUGCAGAAGCAGCACGCCGCGGACUCGACCGCGCUGGCCGCGGCGAUGGGCGAGGUGCACCGCCUCCGCGUCCAGCUCGCCGCCGCGGCGCGCGCCGACCGCCGGCAGGACGUGGUGGAGGCGCUGGCCACCAUCGACGAGCUCAGGGUGAAGCUCAAGGCGAGCGAGGAGGCCGAGGCGCAGGCGCGCGCCAUGCACGAGGAGUGCAAGCAGCAGCUGGAGGCGAGCCGGGCCACCAUCGACUCGCUGCUCACCGACGGGUCCAAGCUGAUGGACUCGUUCAGCCUCGUGGUGAAGGAGCUCGAGGAGUCGCGUGCCAAGGUCAAGACUCUCGAGGACGAGAUCGCGGAGACGUCGUCGAAGGCCGCAAGCGACCGUUGCAACUGCUCGGGCUCGGAGUCGGAGGCCGCUGAGCUGAGGGCGGAGCUGGAGGCCGCGGAGGCUAGGUACCAGGAAGAGAAGAUCCUUAGCACCGUCGAGACGCAGUGCGCGUACGAGCUCAUGGACCAGAUAAAGACGGAGUCCGACCUGCGGCACGGCAAGCUCGCGGCGGCGCUCGAGGGCGCAAAGUCCGAGGUCAUCUUCCUCAAGGCGAGUCUGUUCGACAAGGAAUCCGAGCUACGGAGCGCGCUGGACGCGAACAAGAAGCUACAAGAGGAGACGAGAAGAGACAGCUCGGCCGACGCGCUGAAGAAGCAGCUGCAGGGCGCGCUGCACGAGAAUGGGCAGCUGAAGCAGGAGCUGCGUCAGUACGAGUCCGAGAAGGGCUCCGCAACCGCGAGGACGGCGGAGGCCGAGGCGGCCGAGGCGGCGAAGAAGGGCGAGAUGGAAACCGAGCUGCGUCGCCUCCGGGUGCAGGCCGAGCAGUGGCGGAAGGCCGCGGAGACAGCCAUGGCGCUGCUGACGGUUGGCAAGGGCGGGAACGGCAAGGUCGUGGAGCGGAGCGAGUCGUGGGAGGGCGGCAAGUACGCGGGCCUCUGCGAGGAAUUGGACGACGACGCGGCCGCCAGGAAGAACGGCAACGUGCUCAGGAGGAUCAGCGGCAUGUGGAAGAAAUGAGGGUGAUCGGACAGCGGAGCGGUGGCCGGCGGCCGCGGCCGCGGCGAGGGUUGUACUACUCUGUAGGGAGCCCUGGGUCUCUCUGGUGUAAUUGUUUUGCCGGUUCUUGUGGUGUAAAAAUGAAACAUAGUAGAGUGAUGUACUGGUUGGGGGUAAACGUGCUCAUAGCUGUAUUAUACAACGUGGUAUAUGGAGGACGAACAAUUCGUCCGGGUGUGACAGGGUUGUGGUAGGUCUCCUAUGGUUGCAUCCGACAGUGUCUAGUCAUGAAGAAUUCGAAUUUGAUACUUCUUGUUUUCUUUUUUUUAAAAAAAAGGGAAGUUCGGUUGAUUCCUAACCA